AUGGCAGCCUCAGCCACUAUCGUACUGCCUGGCGACAACAUCGCGCAGAGCGCUCUUCCAACUGGCACAGGCAAAAAGAAGACGCUCACCCUCGGACCCGGUUUGCGACACACGCCGCCAGACACGGUCACGGCCACGGUCGCGGGCGCGCUCGUGACGGACAACAAGAAGAAUGCCGCUUCGGUCGAGUACAACACUGGAAGGUAUCUUCCUUUUGCAGGCGACCUCGUCAUCGCGACCGUGAAUGGCUCUGCCGCCGAGAACUUCAAUUGCCUCCUCACCCCGAACACGCCGGCUGCGACCCUUCCCCACCUAGCCUUCGAGGGCGCGACCAAGAAGACACGGCCCCAGCUGCCCCCAAACUCCCUGGUCUACUGUCGCGUCGCGAGUGCCGGCAAAGACCUACCAUCAGAGCUCACCUGUGUCGAUCCCUCCACGGGCAAGGGCGAAGGUCUCGGUCUGUUAAAAGGGGGUAUGGUGUUCAAGAUCAGCCUGGGUAUGGCACGGAGGAUGCUUGCAGCGCGCGGAGGCAUAUCUCUGUUGGAAACCCUGGGCUCCAAAAUCGGUUUCGAGGUCACCGUCGGCCGAAACGGACUUGUGCACGUUGAUGGAGGAAACGUCAAGACGACAUUGGCAAUUGGACAGGCUAUACAAGAGGUGGAUUCCGCUGCCCUCGGGGACGAAGCACAGAAGAAGCUUGCUGCCGCGACGCUGAAGCAAUGUUGA